AGAAAAUACGCUACAGGCAAUAAUAUUAGGUUUAUCGUGUAGCGUAGGCUACUACGUAAUGCCCAUUUAAUUACCAAUAUUUUGGAUUUUAAGGGGUAGACUACAGAAAACAGCAGUGGGGUGUGUGUUUUAACUGCAACGUUCAGCAGUUCAUGCACCGGAAUCUGUGUAACUUCACCCACUACUUUAUCAAAACAAGGGAAAGUUAACCUUUUGUUAAAACAGUGCCACGUUAUGCAAGUGGCAGGAAAAAAAUACACAACUUCAAUCCUAAACUGACGUUCUCUUUGAAAGUAUGGCAUCUGCAGGCUCUGCCCUCAAAGUCCACGCAGUACGCUUUGGGCCGGGACAGGAGCUGCUGUGCUCCCUGCUGGCAUUUGUGGAGGAGAGAAACCUCAAAGCGCCAUUCAUCAUCACCUGCGUGGGCAGCGUAACCAAGGCAACACUCCGGCUGGCAAACGCCACUGCAGGGAAUACCAAUGAGGUACUUGGCAGAGAUGUUGGCUGGCAACCAGCCGUCAUGCUUCUGGUGAUCCAUCUUGACGAGCGCUUUGAGAUCGUGUCGCUGGUGGGCACGCUGAACAAGGAGGCUCACCUCCACAUCUGCCUGGCCGACAAGGAGGGGAAGACGUUGGGAGGACAUGUACUGGGAGACCUGGAGGUGUUCACCACGGCUGAGGUGGUCAUCGGUGAGGCCUCUGAUCUGCUGUUUGACAGACAGAUGGACCAUCGCACAGGCUUCCCUGAGCUGGUCAUCCAACCCCGCUCUGAAAUGAACUAGACGAAGGAGGCCUUUAUUCUCCUAUACUCACCUCCAUAUUUAUUUGGACAGUGAAGCAUUUUUAAAAUUAUUUCUCUGUAAUCCAGAAUUUUGGAUUUACGAUCAAAUGUUUCCUAUGAGGCGACAGUACAGAAUGUCACCUUUUCUGUUUUACUGUUCAGAUAUGAAAACACUUCAUGUAUCAAGUUGCCCCAUUUUAAAUAAGUCAUAAGUAUUUGGACAAAUUCACUUAUAGGGUAUUGAAGUGGUCUAACGUUUAGUAUUUGGUCCUAUAUUCCUAGUACACAAUGAUUACAUCAAUCUGGUGACCCUACAAACUCGAUGGAUGCAUUUGCAGUUGGUUUUGGUUGCGUUUUGCCCAAUAGGAACUGAAUGGUGAAUGAUGUCUGGAGUAGUUAUCUAUUCUAAGUGAAUAGAUAAGAUGUUUCUCAACACUUCUAAAAUUAAUCCUGUAAAUGCCACGAUUAAGAAAAAUCAGGAGAGAACCAAGAAUAAUGACGAUUGAGAAGGUUACAGAGGCUACAACAAAACAUGCUAACCUCUCACCAUUACCAAUAGCAGGUUAGCAUUUUCAUGUAUUAAACUUCUGUAGCGCUAAUCAUAGAAUCUCAAAGUGCUUCAAGUAAUAUGAAACAUUUGAUCUCAAAUCCAAAAUGCUGGAGUAUAGAGCCCCCCCCCAAAAAAAAAAAAAUGCUUCACUGACUAAAUUCAUAUGGAUGGGAGUGUUUGGAUGUCUAAUAGAAAUUAUCUUCUCCUCUAGCAGUUUAAUAUAAUUAGAUUGUAAUGAGAUUUAAUUCAUUCUGCUUGACUACAAUGGCAGUGUACCACUUUAUACCAGAUAUUUGGAGACAGCUUUGUCUUUGUCGUUUACUACACUCUUAUUAUGCUUUUGUAAUGUAGUAUACUACGUUCACCAAGACCAGCCUUAAUACAGCACAUCUCCCUAAUCUAACCCGCUUCUUGGUCACUUUCUUAAGCUUAGUGUUCUUAUUCUCCCCCACACAUACAGCCACCAGUGAACAGUGGUCUUCACCAGAGCAGGCCUUGGAGAGCACUGACAAUACCAUAAGGAUGUUUGUAGCAUAUGUCAACAGCUGACGGAACAGCCAACUGGAGAGAGCACUCUUCCAUUUUGUUGUCUCUUCCAGUUUCCACAUGUAGAUGUUGGGUUUGGCUCUUUUGUUCACUGGGAGGUUGUAAAAUUGAUAGGAAAACAGCUAUUUCACAGUAGUUAUAUAUUAUUUUCUUCCACCUUUCCUCUGCUAAUGUGAACUGACGAUCCCCAAAUACAGCCUCCAUAGAGCGCCUUUGGACGGUAACACUUUCUAUGGAGCAGAUGACUAAUGAUGUAACACCGAACAGCUGUGGGAGAAAUCGUUUCGAACAGAACCCCUCCCUCCCCUGAGCGUGGAGUCGUUCUGACCAAUAGGAGAAUCUCUAGGGGCCUGGGCAGUGUUCUGCUAAUAGAUGUUUAACCAAAGCAUGUCUUUUUAAUGGCUCUGACCGCCUGUUUGCUGAGACACAAUGUGAGAACUCCCCCAGGAUUAGCUGUGACAUCCACACAGCCCCAGCCGCCCGACUGAAGAAAGUAGGCUAGCACAGGGCUGUCUGAGGGGACAGAUACAUGGUUGUAUGUGGGCAGGGAGUGGUAACAACAUUUUGAUGGAGCAGGGUUCACAUAGAUCUAUGUGCUUUAAUUAGGCCCGAGGGAGAGAGGGGUGACAUUGAAAGCAUACCUGUAUGUGUUGUAAGUGCUUACUGAGCGAGUGCUACAUUAAGUUGUUCUUCAGAUCAGAGUGUUGAUGAUGACUCGAAUAGGAGCUAGACGGUACAUAACUAAGCCCUUCACCACAUUUCCUAAAGGAUUUUACAGAUUUUUUUAGCAUGGAAAUUUGUAUCCAUUUUAUGCAUCUUCUUUGGCUUUUCCCUUCCAGGCACCUUCUGGUGUGCCUGUUGUCAUUCUUAAAUGUCAAAUGGCUAGUGAAGGAGUGGGCCAUCAAGGUCCUGUGUUGAUUACCGGUCUUAUCGUAAUAGAUCCCACAACAAAGUUAAAUCAGGAAUACAACAUGGAAUUGGGCUGGAAACAAUACGGUAGAUUAUAUAGCUUUUGUCGUGGGUUCCUGCUUAUGAGUCACCGCAAAGUCUUGGUAGGCUGGAGGAGGAAGCUAGACUGAGGAUGCAUUCCAAAUGGCACCCGGUUCCCUAUAAAGUGGGCCCAUAGUGCACUACUUUUGACCAGAGACUAUGUAGGGAAUAGGGUUCCAUUUGGUCCGCAUCCUGAUUCUAGAGAGACAGUUGAUUGUGUUUCGGAUUAAAGUCAGAGGGCUAGAGCAGUAAAAUUAGAGUUGGAAUAAGCAAGCAGUUUAACACACUGUAACUAACCCAUUACAUUAUACUUUUUAAAGCAGGAAACCGUGAUCAAUAUAUUGUACAUUUAACUGCAUCACACAACUCAAAGUUUACAUGGUGCCAUUCUGAGAGAGCUGUAUUUUGUGUGUACUAUAGUUCAUGUUCCAAAUGAACUCAAAGUGUGCAGGACGGAAGAGUGCCUCAAAGCACAGCAAUAGGUACAGCAAGGUUUUUGACAUUGACGAAGGGACACAUGGAUACACACUUACUCACAGGGCAGCACUACAGAUACAUUUUCACAGUAUGUGGACGAGAGGCUGAGUCUCUAAGUGCCCAUUGAAAUGAGCCGGAGCAUCACUUACUACUGGGCUCCCAGUGCUUUCAGCUCUGAGCGGGCAUGCUGAAGUGGCCUUGCCACCCCUCUCCCCAACAAUCCCCGCUUUGGGGUGGAAUGCUAAUCCUGUCACAAAAGAAAUCCCAUUUUAGUUUUUCAUUUUUACAUCAGACGAGCCAUUGGUUCAUGGCUUUUUUAAUGUCCUCUCUUAAGCCAUAUUUGUAGUGUCACCACUCAUGUUUUUUGUGUGGAUUACCCUCAACACCAGGUGAUGUUCUUGUAUGAAUUUCUUUCCUUCAAGAGGUAGCUAACUCUUUUUCUCUCGCUUGGUAUAAUUUUAUAAUGAUAACACAAUGUCAUGUUAAUGUAAAAUUUCACUGAAAUAUGCAGAAGGCUGAUAUAACAGUAAGAAUCCAGAAAGACAUGUGUAUUGACACAGCUGCCCACUGGGAGUAGGGACAAUCAACUGGAAUAUUCUCCCCAAAAAGGGCAUUUAGUCACUGUUACUGUGUCACAAUAACGGAUGGUUCCAGUCCAAGGGGACACAGCUAGAUGCCUGCAGGGUAGAAGCAAAUGAAGCCAGAGGUUGAGGGAACUAUAGAGCUCCCGCGGCAAGCAUCUUUGUGCUUUUGUUUUGAUCUGUUUACACAGCAUGGUGGCCGAAUGUGUUGGUGGUCUGCCCCCGUGCCCACUGGGACUGCUUUAGCUACACGUACUGCUAAGCAGCUCAAAGUCCUCUUUUGUGACAAAUGAGCAGGCGAGCAACAGUGACCCCAAACGGAUGUUUCUGGAUCUAAAGAUCUAAAGAUUUGCUACAGUUCUGCAGCAUAUUGAUCUUGCCGUAAGUGUUCAGAGAUCUGUGUUGUUGGUUUUCAUUGCUCUCCGAGUCCAACGUGCCCUUAGUGUUUCUGAGUGAGAGAGAAGUUGCUUAGUUUUCCACCCUCUACUGUGUUCAACUGUUAUAUGCAAAUUCUGUGAUUGGGGGUGGUCAUGGUUGGAGCUCUCUCUGCUCUAGGGCACACUGUCUGGAUUGUGGUGAUUCUGCAGAAGGCUGCACUCUAUCUGGAGACUUACACGAAACACCACAGGUGGUUGGUGGCACCUUAAUUGGGGAGGAUGGGCUCAUGGUAAUGGCUUGAGGGGAAUGGUAUUACAUUCAUCCUCUUGAUGCCAUUCCAUUCGCUUCGCCGUAGCCGUUAUUAUGCCGUCCUCCCCUUAGCAGCCUCCACUGACGUACACGACUGCCUCUGUCUGCGGAGGAUGCUUGUUAUUGUACCCCCGCGACAAGAGAAAGGAGCAGAUAGAACUUGACCGAGGCGGCUACAGUACUAAACUAAAUGCUUUUGAGAGUCCACUGGAAAGCUAUCUGUCCUUUUUUACUGACUGACCAAAAUGAUUUGUCUCCAAAUAUACAGUAUAAUGGUCUAAUGAAAUGUGCCUUGACAUGUUGCGCCUGUGAAAUAUGUCAUUUGUGUCUUGAAAAUAAUUGGAAAUUAAUUUAAUUGAUGUGGAGGCACUAUCCAAUGAUAAUUGGUUGGAAGUUUUACAUAUUUACACAUUUCCCUUUCAACUGCAUGGGACUAGAUUCAUGCUGGAAUUUUGUUGGGGGAAAAAAAAACACUUCAACGCCAAACCAGUGAGCUACAGUGAAAUGGAUGCAAUUACUAAAAGCUAUUUCACAAAUGCAUUUCAGG